AUUCCCGAUUUCCAAGCAUCAUCAAAUUGCGCCGGCGCGCUUUCUUCCGAUUGGUUGGUUGUAUGGAAAUUUCUCGAAUAUUCUUUCAUAAAAGUUGAUAAAAAGACGGAGCCGGCCAUGUUUAAAAUUCAAUUCAAUUCAGAUCUCCGUGAAGUGAAGUUCACACGUCAAGAAGAAGUUCUGUGAAAGUAAUUUUUUGAUUCAAAGUGAAAAUUUCCUACAUUUCCAACAAAUAAACUAAGUAAAGAUGGCUGCCCCUAAAGCACCCGCAGUUGGUAUUGAUUUGGGAACCACGUAUUCGUGUGUGGGCGUUUUCCAGCAUGGAAAGGUCGAAAUUAUUGCCAACGAUCAGGGCAACCGUACCACACCAUCGUACGUUGCAUUCACCGAAACCGAACGGUUAAUCGGCGAUGCUGCCAAGAACCAAGUGGCCAUGAAUCCAUCGAAUACCAUUUUCGACGCUAAACGUUUGAUCGGCCGUAAAUUCGACGAUCCCGUCAUCCAAGCCGAUAUGAAGCACUGGCCGUUCGAUGUGCGCAACUUUGAAACAAAACCGAAAAUCGAAGUAACUUACAAGGAUGAGAAGAAGACCUUCUUCCCGGAAGAAAUCAGUUCCAUGGUGUUGACCAAGAUGAAGGAAACUGCCGAAGCCUACUUGGGCAAGACGGUGACCAAUGCCGUCAUUACGGUACCCGCCUAUUUCAACGAUUCUCAACGUCAGGCCACCAAGGAUGCUGGAACCAUUUCCGGUAUGAAUGUGCUACGUAUCAUCAACGAGCCGACAGCAGCUGCAAUUGCUUACGGUCUGGACAAGAAGGCUGUCGGUGAACGAAAUGUAUUGAUCUUCGAUUUGGGAGGCGGUACUUUCGACGUGUCAAUUUUGUCAAUUGAUGACGGCAUCUUCGAGGUCAAAUCGACUGCUGGUGACACACAUUUGGGCGGUGAAGAUUUCGACAAUCGUCUGGUCAAUCACUUUGUCCAAGAAUUCAAACGUAAGCACAAGAAGGACUUGACCACCAACAAGCGAGCCCUCCGUCGUUUGCGUACAGCUUGUGAACGCGCGAAGAGAACCCUUUCGUCGUCCACUCAGGCCAGCAUCGAAAUCGAUUCAUUGUACGAAGGUACCGAUUUCUACACAUCAAUUACCCGAGCUCGCUUCGAAGAAUUGAAUGCCGAUUUGUUCCGAUCCACAAUGGAACCAGUCGAAAAAGCCAUUCGUGACGCAAAGAUGGACAAGUCAAGCAUCCACGAUAUCGUCCUGGUCGGUGGAUCAACUCGUAUUCCAAAGGUCCAGAAAUUGCUCCAAGAUUUCUUCAAUGGCAAAGAAUUGAACAAAUCGAUCAAUCCUGAUGAAGCCGUUGCCUAUGGUGCUGCCGUUCAAGCUGCUAUUUUGCACGGUGACAAGUCCGAAGAGGUGCAAGAUCUACUUUUGUUGGAUGUCACCCCAUUGUCGUUGGGUAUCGAAACAGCUGGCGGUGUCAUGAGCGUUCUGAUCAAACGAAACACAACCAUUCCAACCAAACAAACCCAAACAUUCACCACCUACUCAGAUAACCAACCCGGUGUCUUGAUUCAAGUAUUCGAAGGCGAACGAUCCAUGACAAAGGACAACAAUCUGUUGGGCAAAUUCGAAUUGUCUGGAAUUCCACCAGCACCACGAGGUGUACCACAAAUCGAGGUCACUUUCGAUAUUGACGCCAACGGUAUCCUGAACGUAACCGCAUUGGAAAAAUCGACCAACAAAGAAAACAAGAUCACCAUCACCAACGACAAGGGACGUCUCAGCAAGGAAGACAUCGAACGAAUGGUUAACGAAGCCGAAAAAUACCGAUCUGAGGACGAAAAGCAAAAGGAAACCGUUUCCGCCAAGAAUGCCUUGGAAUCGUACUGCUUCAACAUGAAGGCCACCAUGGACGAGGACAACUUGAAGGGAAAGAUUGCCGAAACAGACAAAACAUUGAUCAUGGACAAAUGCAACGAAACGAUCAAAUGGUUGGACGGUAACCAGUUCGCCGAAAAGGAAGAAUUCGAACAUCGCCAAAAGGAAUUGGAGGCCAUCUGCAAUCCAAUCAUCACGAAAUUGUAUCAAGGAGCUGGUGGUGCUCCCGGUGGAAUGCCAGGCGGUUUCCCAGGUGGUAUGCCAGGUGCUGGUGGACCUGCUCCAGGCGCUGGCGGUGCUGGACCAACCAUCGAAGAAGUCGAUUAAAACAAUCGAUCGAAACGAACAUCGCAAAUUCCUCGUUUAAGACCACACGUGACUGCAGUAUUUUUUUGAUUUAAAUUUCUUUUUGCAUUUGGUAUGUGUAGCACACACCACCGCCAUACACACGUUUUUUUUUUAUUGUAUUGAUUAUCCCUAAAUUAAAUUCCCCUCGAACAAAUUGCAUUCGCUAGUAAGCACCGCAUAAAAAAGCAGAUAGAGAAAAACUGAAACCAAAUAAAAUUUAAUUUAAACUCAAA